AUGCUCGAUUACCGCUACGAUCCAGAGUUACUCGAUGAGCUGCCAUCAAUGUUGCUCGAGUCCAUGUUGAAGGAGAACGUCGACACGUUGUGGGUCCAGAAUGUGGUCGAUUCGUUCCCCAUGGGUACUUUCUGGAACCUCACUUCUGACGCCGAGGCUAUUAGUCCCUUGCAUGUGUGUUUGGACAAACGGUACUGCUCAUCUCUGGCAGAUCGCAUGAUAAAUGGCUUGCCGAACACAACAACAACAGCAACAACAACAAUCAACUUUACUCUGCCAAGAGAAAUGGAUACUCUACGCAUCAGUAGCAUCCAUGCCAGCUCCUUGGCCAAACUCUUGACAAAAGUCAAUCGUGUCACAAGCAAUCGCCGGCUUUGGAGCCGAAAGGAGUUGAUGGAGUUGAUUUCUGCAUUCUUUCAAGAAAAAUGCAGUGUCACAAGGCUGGACCUUGUGAUCCCUGCAAUGGUUUCAAAUCUCCCAGAGUUGAGUGAUGAUCCAAGGGCGUUGCAGAGACUAAAAUCAUGCCCCAUCACUGAGGUCAACUUGAAUUUCAUCUCAGAUUUUUCUGACAUAACCAGUCUUUCCUUUGAUUUCUUGACUGUGGUGUCACGCAUGGAUAAUCUCAAGAAAUUGACUCUGCGUACGCUCUCCGUUCACCUAGAUGGUGGGUGUAAGGGGACCCAGGAGUGGUGGUUCUCCAUCAUUGAUGCUGCUGGAAGUAGCCGAACCCUUACAGAAUUUCUGCUUGCGGGGGUCAACGAACAAUCAGGGGCGUGUCUGGAACGACUCCUACCAUUGCUGGCAAAUAACACCACUGUUGAGGAAGUGAUCAUAUCUGACAACAACUGUGAGGGUGGAACUGAAGAUACACGGGAAAUGCAACACAAGGUCAAUUACUACACCACAUUGAACCAAUACGGCCGUGGUUUGGCACGAGAUCCGGAGGGUUCUGUUUUGAAAUUUGCAGAGAAGCUGUUUGCUUUGCAUGAUGCCCAGCAAAGCAUUGGCUCUUGGACCACUUCAUUGUUGUAUGAUUUGCUUCGAGAUGCUCCUGACAAGUGGAGUGAUCAUAUAGCAAGACCUGUAGGCUCGAGAAGUCGCAAGCGCAGAGCACACGGAGAUUUGAGGAAUGGAUUGGUUUACUAUGGCACAGCGUGA